AUGCCUACCGCUACGAACCCAGAGUCACGCUCUCCGUCUCCCAUACCUGCCCGACCUAUUGCUGAUGCUCCUGGCCCGCGCGCACAAGGUCUGAUCAAUGUCUUCAAUCAGGCUUCAAAAGCGACCCUAGACAAGUGUUCGGCCAAGAACUUUGCUUCGUGUUUCCCUACGGCCGCGCAGUAUAGCCCAGAGGUACUAGACAACUUGAGAGGGCAGAUCGUGGAUCAGCUGGACCGGACAUGGAAGACCAACUUCGAGGACAUCAUGGAGAGGAGGAAUGUUGUUAAGCUUCUCAACUCGCUAGACCAGUGCAUAGAAGAUGCGAAAUUAAGAAAGAGGCGCGCCGAAGCGAGCGCCAACGGUGGACCCGUUGAGACACCUGUGCCACCCCAUACCCUUACCCCGGCCGAAAUACACUUAGCGCACCUCAUGCCUUACCUCGAGAAGCAAGCGACAGAGAUGAACACUAAGCUCGUGGAGACUCAGCAGUCGAAUACCGAGCUGCUGUCGACUGUUACUGCACAGCGUGCCGAAAUAGAAGCCCUAGUACGAGGCCUAGAGAACGUCAUACAAGAUCUAGACGCCAGCGCACAAAUAAUGGCUCAAGACGAUGUGCAGGACUUGAGCAGAGAGACCAGAGAUCUUGAGAUGGAUAUGCGGACAUGA